GCUGGACGCUGUUGCAUCUCCAGUCGUCGCCUGCCUUCCGAUCGCGCUGUUGCUGAUACUCGCGACGCGAAUUCGCUGGUGCUCAGAAAGUAAUACUCAGAAAUUGCUCAGGAGGUUUUCUGAGCCGGGGUUUGUUGGUAUCGCGUACGCGGUCGUGCGAACUGAUCUGUUUUUUUUUCUGUGGUGAAGAUUUUUGUUUGUGAAUUUUUUCAGGUGUUCUGGAUAAUUUCAGAUUCCAGCUACAGUAAUCUCAGUGCCAAAUCUUCUCUUAUCUAUCAACUUUCCGUAACCACGAAAUAAUCGGGAACAACCUACUCGAUCACUCUACCAACCCAUUUAAAACCUGCAACCGCCAUCGACUAGUCGUCGGCAGUGACUGAGCUCCAAGAUCUCACCCCGGCAGUGAUAACGUACCCACGUGACACUCCCCUCUCCACCAACAGUGACCGAGUCCCAAUAUCUCGUAGCGGCCCAGUGGCAGUGGCUAAGACCUUAUAGCACAUUUGGGCAGUGACUGAGACCCCAUACCGCGUUCGGGCAGUGACUAAUACCCCACGUAGCGGGUGGCUAGUGACCGGUAAAGCGCGAGAAUGUCGUCGGGGGACGUCGCGGCGAUGUGAUAGAGACAGAUGAAUGCCGCGGAGGGGAACAUGCCCUACUACUCCAACUCGGGCUUCCCCGGGCCCGGGUACGCUCAUUGCAGGUCCGGCUCGGACGGUAGGCUGCACAGGAGGGGGGGCCCGCUCCGGGACCCGGUGGAUGUUUUCGACAGCGGGGACUCCACCCUGUCCGAUUUGGAAGAUUCGGAAUCUGGAUCAGGAUCUGGAUCAGGGGUAGAGAUCGAUCCGAACCUACCCUACCCCCUCAUCGCUCCUAUCGCAUUAGGGUACCUGUCGCAGACCACCAGGCCGAGGAAUUGGUGUUUGGCGCUGAUUUCUAACCCAUGGUUCGAGAGGGUUUCGAUGAUGGUGAUCCUGCUCAAUUGUAUCACCCUUGGGAUGUACCAGCCAUGCCUCGAUAAGGACCCAUGUACCACCAACAGAUGCAAGAUUUUACAAAGGUUCGACGACUUCAUCUUUGCCUUCUUCUCGCUGGAAAUGACCAUCAAAAUGAUCGCCAUGGGAGUGUACGGACGAGGAUCCUACUUGGCCGAUUCGUGGAACCGUCUGGAUCUGUUCAUCGUCAUGUCUGGAGCCAUCGAGUACGGCUUGCCGAGUUUCAACAACCUCAAUCUAUCUGCCGUGAGGACUAUACGGGUGUUGAGGCCCCUCAGAGCCAUCAACAGGAUACCAAGUAUGAGAAUCUUAGUGAUGCUUCUGUUGGACACUCUUCCUAUGCUGGGCAACGUGCUACUGCUCUGUUUCUUCGUUUUCUUCAUCUUCGGCAUCGUAGGCGUACAGCUGUGGCAAGGAGUGUUGAGAAAUCGGUGCAAGUUCGAAGAAAAACAGCAUCCAGGUAUCCAGUUCCCAGCCGAGAUAGGCUACUUCUACAAACCGGUGGAGACGGACUACAUCUGCAGCAAGAACAACAAUUCAGGGAUGCACUUUUGCACCGACCUUCCGCCCUUCAAAAACGGAACCAACCCGCCCUGCAACCUCACGGUGGAGGAGAAGAACCUACCCCAGUAUAGGGACAACGACACGUUCUGCAUCGACUGGCAUAAGUACUACACCUACUGUGAAGGUAACAACUCGAACCCGUUCCAGGAUACCAUUUCGUUCGACAACAUCGGGUUGGCGUGGAUAGCCAUUUUUUUGGUGAUAUCUCUAGAAGGUUGGACUGAAAUCAUGUAUUAUGUUCAAGAUGGUCACAGCUUUUGGGACUGGAUCUACUUUGUUCUUCUUAUAGUGAUCGGCUCCUUCUUCAUGAUCAACCUCUGCCUGGUGGUCAUAGCCACCCAGUUUUCGGAGACGAAGAAGCGCGAGAUGGAGCGCAUGCGUCUGGAGCGGGCCCGCUUCCAGAGCACCAGCACUCUUGCCUCUUCGACCAAUAACAGCGAGCCGACCAGCUGUUACGCGGAGAUCGUCAAGUACGUGGCCCACCUGUGGCGCAGAUCGAAGAGGAGGUUGCUGAAGAGGGUGCGGCUGUACAGGAUGCGCAGAGACAGGCGCAGAGACGCGAAAAUGUGCGCUGGGGAGACUAUCGUGCUGAGCUGUGGUGGACGGCACCAUCCGAACUGCCCCAAGGUCAAACAAAAUCCGAAUUCUCACAGCGCGCCUAGUACCAGGGACGUUUCGAGGACUAGUUCGAUACUCAGCGAGAAUCUCACGAAGCAAGAAGACGUUCUAGAACUGACUGUUGUCCCGAAAAGGCCCAGUCUUCUCAGGGUCCCAUCUGCAUCCAAUCAAGAUGUCACUGCAUACAAUAAUAAUGACGCUUCCACUAAUCUUUUGUCUCCACCUUCGGCUCCAAACAACAGAAGAAGAUCCUCAGUUAUGUUCAGUGAUGUUGUAGUUCUGCAUGGUCAAAAUAAUUCUUCCCCGCCUACUUCAUCGAAUUUACUAUCGGCAAACACGAACAUCGACAAGAAGAAUGUAUGUUCCAGUGAAAAAACAACACAAGCAGGAGACGGCAACAUAUGGCAGACCGCCCCUUUGCCCCAGCAGCAAUCGCUGCAAACGCAACAGCAGAUCCAGCAGGACUGCAACGACCUGAUGAACGGCGAGGCUCUAACCUGCCAAGAACUUUUGGCCUUGGGAGCUAUCAACGCUGCCCUACCGACUGGCCAGAUAGUCCUCGACACGUUCUUCGAUUCCCUUUCCAAGGGCAUCAGCAACAGACAGAAACAGGCAGAGGUUACUGAACCCCAAAUGGUUCUGGAAGAAGACUACUCCUGCUGCCAGGAACUGUGGCACUGCGAAUCGGAGUACAAGAACGAGAAGAGGUCGAGGUUGUAUGUCAAUUGCUGUUUGGUGCUCAAGGGGUUCGUUCGAUGCUUGAAAACGAUGAGGAGGUGUAUCAAAAUCCUCGUCGAAUACAAGCUGUUCCAGCACGGUAUUCUGCUGGCCAUUUUGAUAAACACUUUGUCCAUGGGAAUAGAACACCACGAACAGUCUGAGAUAUUAACGCAUGUCGUGGAAAUUACCAAUAUAAUUUUUUCGGCAAUAUUCGCCGUAGAAAUGAUGUUGAAGAUCAUCGCUGAGGGUCCGUUUGGAUACAUUUCCAAUGGUUUCAACGUUUUCGAUGGGGUCAUCGUUAUUCUGAGCGGUAUUGAGCUUCUCAAAAAUUUUAUGGGAGAAGAACACGCCGAUUCUGGUUUGUCAGUGCUCAGAACAUUCCGUUUAUUGAGAAUAUUGAAAUUAGUAAGGUUCAUGCCAAAUUUGCGAAGACAAUUAUUCGUAAUGCUCAGAACCAUGGAUAAUGUUGCUGUGUUUUUUUCAUUAUUGAUUCUAUUCAUAUUUAUAUUCAGCAUCCUGGGCAUGUACCUGUUCGGUGGUAAGUUUUGCACCUAUGUAGAUGAUAACGGCAUCACAAAAGAUUGCGACUGCGAAUUGAUGAACGACCGUCGAUGUCUGUGCGACAGAAAGCACUUUAACAACAUCCUGUGGGCCACAGUGACAGUCUUUCAAAUUCUCACGCAAGAAGACUGGAAUAUGGUGCUUUCAAACGGCAUGGCAAAGACAUCUGAUUGGGCUGCUUUGUAUUUUGUGGCUUUGAUGACUUUCGGUAAUUAUGUGCUGUUCAAUUUGCUCGUCGCCAUUUUGGUGGAGGGGUUCAGUUCCGAGAGGAACGAGAGGAGGGAGAGGGAACAAAGGGAAUUGGCUAGAAGGAAGAUGUCCUGCAUCCUGGAGGCUACCAUGAGAGAAAGCUGCGACAAUAGUAGCCAGUCGUUCACCAGUUCCUCAGAUAGCUAUGUCCAAGAUAAGAACAAUUGUUGGAGAUCUGCUGAGGAAUUGGGAAAAUUCAAAGAUAUCAGAGGUCAAAGAUCGACUUAUACGAACUGUGAUUUGAAAGAUAAAAAUACGAGGAAAGACUGUUGCUUUAUCGGUAUAGAGCCAAAAUGUAAUAUCCAGAAAGAAUCACUAUGGAAGCAGCCAACCAGACAGAUCACACCUCCACUAAUUACGCAUACGGCUGCCACCCCUCAAGAUUCUCCGAGUACGAUUCUAGACGAAUUCCCGGAAUUCCGUUAUCACGUGACAUCGGCCGCAAGCGAAAAUCUGUCUGGCAGCGACACGACACCUUGUCACCAUUCUAAAACAGAUUCGGCCACCCAAAAAACUACGAGCCUGAGUCUACUCAAACCUCCCACACUCUCACCCCCACCGCUCACAUACCGGCACUUCGAGCACCCUUCAGAGGAACCCAAACAGUUAUCCAGAAGGCUGGUGACGCACAACGAGAGGAUCGGCACCAAGACGAUGACCUUCACCGAGAAGGUCACUCCCGUGACGAGCAAGAACGACACGCGGCAGGCGCUGGAGAAGAACAAGCUGCAGAGGAAGUGCUCUUGGAAGCUGGCGUCGAGGUCCAGGAGGAUCAAGAUCAGCGGCGGCGCGGAAUCUGAGGCCGUGCCUCUGAACAACGGGAGGGAUCAUUCGCAGUGCAACGGCGGGGGGAUGGCUAGACAGGCUAGUCCUCGAAAUGAUUCUCUACUGCAAUCGACGAUCAGGAUUCAAAACGACACCCAGAAGGACACACCAAACAAUAAGAGUGCCAAAGGAUUGAGUCCUCACAAUUCGAUCAGAUGUAGAUCGAAUACAUACAGCUCUGUGCCGUCUCAAGUGCCGAUACCACCCGCCUUGAUUCGGAAGAAUUCCCUCCAUAAACCCCCACUGACUCCAUCGAAGUUCGACAAGGCCAGUCCGGUCAUUUCGAGAGAAAACAGCAUCAAAGAGAAAUCCGUGAACAGCUUGAAUGACAAGACUUCCGGUGAAAAAAAUUACGAGGAUCACGUGUCGAGAACUUCUCCGAGAUUGAGCGUCAUCAGCAGGUUGGGGAUGAUUUUCGAGCCUACGGGUUGUAUCAGGGGGAAGGACGAAUACUCCCUGUAUUUAUUUCCACCUGAUAAUAAGUUCAGGAUAUAUUGUGGCUGGUUGGUGAAACAAACUUGGUUCGACAAUAUAGUUCUACUCUUCAUAGCCAUGAACUGUAUAACUUUGGCGAUGGAGAGGCCAAAUAUUCCACCAGAUAGUAGGGAAAAAUUAUUUCUCCAAUGUUGCAACUAUAUAUUUUCUGUUGUGUUCGCAACAGAGAUGUUUGUUAAGGUAGUAGCAGCUGGUAUGUGCUAUGGUCCAAAUGCCUAUUUCACUUCUGGAUGGAAUAUAAUGGAUGGUUCUUUAGUAAUCAUUUCUUUGAUAGAUAUUAUAAUGUUUUUGAUCAACGAUACCACCUCUAGGAUAUUCGGAAUAUUGAGGGUAUUUCGCCUUUUGAGAUCCCUUCGUCCAUUGAGGGUUAUUAACAGAGCUCCAGGUUUGAAACUAGUUGUACAAACGUUACUCUCGUCUUUGAGACCUAUAGGAAAUAUAGUACUCAUAUGCUGCACCUUCUUUAUAAUAUUCGGAAUCUUAGGAGUACAGCUAUUCAAAGGUACGUUUUAUUACUGCUCUGGUGAAAACCUCACUGGUGUAGUGACAAGGCAAGACUGCGAUGCCAGAAACUACGAGUGGAAAAACCAAAAAUAUAAUUUCGAUGACUUGGUGCAAGCUUUGAUGUCGCUAUUCGUUCUCAGCUCGAGGGAUGGCUGGGUAAACAUAAUGUACACUGGCUUGGACGCUGUCGGUGUGGACAAACAGCCCAUAGUCAAUUACUCAGAGUGGAGACUACUUUACUUCAUAUCAUUCAUCCUGCUGGUAGGAUUUUUCGUGCUCAACAUGUUCGUGGGAGUGGUGGUGGAGAAUUUCCAUAGGUGUCGAGAGGAGCAAGAGAAAGAAGAAAGAGUCCUCAAGGCUGCGAAAAGGGUGUUGCAAAUGGAAAAGAGAAGGAGAAAAAUGCACGAGCCGCCCUACUACAUCAACUACGCCCCCUGGCGGCUGGACAUACACAAGAUAGUCACUUCCAAGUACUUCGAUCUGGCCAUCGCCCUUGUCAUUGGUCUGAACGUCAUCACGAUGGCGACGGAACGUCACGAAAUGCCGGACUACUGGGAGUACGCCUUGAGGAUAUUCAAUUAUUUUUUCACCGCCGUCUUCAUAUUGGAGAGUACGAUGAAGCUGAUCGCGCUAGGGUUCAAGAUAUACGUGAAGGAUAAGUGGAAUUUGCUGGAUGUGGCUAUAGUGAUACUGUCCGUGGUUGGGAUUCUCAUCGAGGAGAUAGUACAGGAUUUGAAGAUCAUUCCGAUCAAUCCGACCAUCAUCAGGGUGUUAAGGGUCAUGAGAAUAGCCAGAGUACUAAAACUUCUGAAAAUGGCCAAAGGAAUAAGAGCCCUUUUGGAUACAGUGAUGCAAGCUCUACCACAAGUCGGAAAUCUUGGAUUGUUGUUUUUUCUGUUGUUUUUCAUAUUUGCAGCAUUAGGUGUGGAAUUAUUUGGAAGACUGGAUUGUACGAAGACCCCAUGUCAAGGCUUGGGUGAACACGCACAUUUUGAAAAUUUUGGAAUGGCUUUUUUGACCUUGUUCAGGAUAGCGACAGGCGACAACUGGAACGGAAUUAUGAAGGACACUUUGGAUGAUGAAUACUGUAGCCAUAGUGUCGACUGCAUAAAAAAUUGUUGCAUCUCACCCAUAAUAGCUCCAAUUUUCUUCGUUAUAUUCGUACUAAUGGCUCAAUUCGUAUUAGUGAACGUUGUGGUAGCGGUAUUGAUGAAGCACUUGGAAGAAUCGCACAAGCAUUUGGAAGACGAACAAGAUAUGGAUGCUCAAUUAGAGCGGGAAUUCGCGGAAAAACAAGAAAUAGAUGAGAGACGCGAGCUUUGCUUGGCCCUCCAACUCGAUCAAGAAUGCCAAAGACAAGAAAUGCCGUUGAAGAAGGUUAUGUCUCUGCCAUCGAACUUCACCUACAACCCACCUGGCACUAAAGUGACGUUGGAAAAACAAUCCUCGCAAACGAGACGUCAAACUUUGCACAGCCACCAGCCCAUCAUAAUGCCCCACAUAGAAGACAUCAAGAACAUAGACGAAUCAGUACCUGACAUAUACAGCAUACAAGAGUUCGUCGUUCCGGAACAUCACGAGAAAAACUACAACCAAAUCAACUUCGACGAAAUCCUCACGAUUCCCGAUACCAACGAUAAAACUCCCAAGGAAGUCAAGCCCAGAACUCCCAGGUCUCCCAGAAGGACUAGCAACGAACAGAGGAAUGUUCUACUCGCUGUUCCGCAAGAAGUUAAACCUCUGCACAGAAUGUUCGGUAGCACCAAACACCUGAUGCAGAAACAGCUCUCGAUGGAUGUCAGUGAUGACAAUCCUUAUCUACUAUCGAUUCCAGGUGCACAAGAUUCAAUUGCUCCUGCCCAAGCGCAGAAUCUUCGAAAAAAAGGCAAUGGAAAUAAGAAGGAUGUUGAAGGUACGCAGUUAAGUAUUCCAAUUGUCACAAUGGAAUACGAUGGAAAAGCUGAAGGUGAUAAAGACAAUGAUACUCAAUUAAAGUAGAUAUAUUUUUGUAUGUUGUGUAAAUAGGUGUAAAAAUAUGUCUAGUCAUGUUUAUUUUUACAUAUCUGUAGCAACUGUGUGGUAUUAGUAUAAGUAUUGUUGAAUACUACAAUGACUGUCGAGACAUAUGCAGGGUUAAUCAUAAUAUUUCACUCUUGUAUAACGUUCUGCGUAUCUGGAAACUACAGAAGAAAGCAUGAAUACUAAUUCUUCAUUGCCUUUGAAAAGUAGUUUGGGAAUUUGGAUUCAAUUUUAGACACUAAGUUUGAAAGGGAUACUGUUAUGGUUUUUUCACAAUUUUUUCCUAGAUGAUUCGUCAAGUGAUAAGGGUCUGCCAAAUAUAGAUGAAGAUAAUGAAAUAAAUUAGUGUAAAAACUUCACCAACGAUAUGAGUUCUACAAAAUCGUUAUGAAUUCAUUAGGAGAAGUGAGAAUAACCAAAAAUAGGGAGAAGCCUAUAUGAAACUUGAAAAGAACUAAUUAUAUGUGUCUCAAUUUCAAAGUUAAUAAGAUGUGGUCAAAUUUAAAAUUACUGGUAAUUUUUUAGUAUUAAAUGCGAACGUCCUCUUUUGCUCAUCUCUGUAGUUUCAGCAAUGCAAAAAUCAAAUUUUCUGCGUUCCAAUAUAAAAAUAAAGUUGAGGUUACGCUGCCAUAGGCCAGCCCUCUACUUCACUUUCCUCUGGCACCACGUGACCCCACGCAUGCUUCAAAAACGACACGCCCCCUGGGCCAGUAGAGAGAAGUGAGUGGAGGGGUUGGUCUAUACCAUAGCGAUCCCUACUCAAGACAGUUUUUAUAUUCCUCAAAAUUUCCGUCGGUCAUUGUAGAGGAUGUUAAGGUCGGUUGUCAGCAGGGUCUUGAAGUAUUGCUACUUGAACUGAAUACCUCAUUUUGGGUUUAUUUUCUUCAUUAUUGUUGAUAUCCUUGUUGUGGAACAAGAGGCUGCCGAUUGUCGACCUUGAACAUCCUGUAUAUCAAGGUUAAAUAUUGAAACAUAGGAAUUAAAUCGAAACUAUCGAAUUUCAAGAAUAUUUACAUAAUUAUUUGAAGACGCUUUCACUCUGUCAAUGUUAAUUGAAAUUAUUAUUAUUCAGAAAAUAUUGAAAAUUGGUGUUUAAAAUAUAUAGUUUACGAAUAAUAGAAGGUACUAAUAGCUGGCAAUUAGAUAAAAUUAUGAGGUUCACCAUUUAAGAUGCAAUUUUGUUGAAACAAAUCGAAUAUCAUAACUAAAUACUAUAUAUAAAAUUUUGUUAUUAUAUAUAAUAUUAUAAUUAUGAUGUCGACACUUUCCAAGACCAUGAAAUAACUAGUUUGAAAUGGUGGCUCCUGAAAUUUCGAUGAGUAGUUUAUAAUAGAUGAAAACUUGCCAAUGGAAUAAUGCCAAAAGAUCUUCGAUUGAAUGAGAAGCAAUAACACUUUGGAAGUCUGAAUAUGAUCACGGAUCUUAUCACAAAGUUAUCGUGGAAGAAGAAGAAAUAAUUCUUAAUUUCGAUCACAGAAAUUUCACGGAUUUCUGGAAGCUGUUAUGAACCAGAAAGAGAAUGACUUUAACAAAUAAAACUCUCGGGUAAUCUAUUAGAUAGUAAUAAAGUAGAGUAAAUUACUCUUUAAUGUUAACAUAAUUCUUAUUUUUUUAAUAAUGUACUUAACUGUCUUCUAGAUCAGAUUCUGUUAAUUUUUCUAUCAACUUUUCAAGAGGGGGUUUCCAUUAGUGUGAUUUCUUUUUCACUAUAGUAGGAAGUAUUCAACAUAACUCUAAUUCAAAUAUCAUUCAGUACUCAUUUUGUAUACGGAUUUAGUUGAGAAAAAACGACACUUAUCCACUGUAUUCCACUUCAACUCUGAAAGCUACUACCGCUAUCGUUUUUCUUUCAAUCUACACCGGAUGUUAGUGCGAGAAAUUGAAGUGGUAAUACUUAGGUAGAUGACCUAAAGUAGAGUUCCUAAAUGUACUUGACACUGCCUGUUUUGACGUUUUUUGUAUGGGUUGCGUGCAAGAACUGUCAGAUGACCGACAUUGGAGGCAAAACAUUGAAACACAACGUCACUUUUCUUAUUUGUGAUCGAAAUAGUUUUCCACAAUUAUUUUGGCAUAUGAAUCGUAUUUUUCCGCUAUUCAUCAAUUCGCUCAUGCCAUCACAUUGUGCUGUUGUAAAUUGCACAAAAACUGCAGCGGAAGAUGAAGGAAUCCGGAUGGUACAUUAUGAUUUAAAAGUAAGUACCUACUAUAGUCACUCACAUAUAGUUUUCAUUUUUGAAAUUUAGUUAUUUCUCUGAUUUCUCAUCGGAAUUCCUUCUGCAAUAGGAGCUUAUAGAAAUAUACCUGAAAUUUCUAGAAUAAUGCAAGAAGAUUGGAUUCAUGCAAUCAAUCGGGAGGACUGGUCUGACAUGCUGACGAUCGUGUGUAUUGUAGACAUUUUCAAUCUAUUAGCAGCAUUUGCUUGUAUUGCAGAAGUGGCAGAAUGCAGAAGGAAUUUUAAUAAGGAAUGACAACAUUUCAUAAUGAUAACUAUGUGAGAUUACUUUUUACCUGAAAAAUCAUAUUCCCUAGUCUCUUGCUGCAUUUUUUGUGCAUUGUACAACAGCACAAUGUGAAGGCAUGCUUGAAUUAAUGAAUAACGCAAGAAACACGAUUCGUAUGCCAAAAUAUUGUGAAAAACUAUUUUAACCUUCUGAUUCCUCUGUGACCAAAUAAAAAAGUGAGGUUGUGUUACAAUAAUUCACAGAAGAAUGAGGUUGUGUUUCAAUAUUUUGCCUCCAGGGUCGGUCUUUGUGCAUGCGACCUAUACAAAAAACGUCAAAACAGCAGUAUCAAGUACAUUUAGGAACUCUACCCUGAAGUAACUUCCUAAAAUAAUGCAUUUUUAAGUUACCAAUCACAAGUUACGUAUAACUCAACAUUUUCAUUUUUGUCAAAUACGGUGAUGUCCAAUGAGUAUAAACUUUUUGCAAAUAAAUGAAAAAUGUACUUCACUACUGAAAUAAAUGCUAUAAGGGAUUGAUAAUCCAAUAUUCUCUUAUUGAUUCAACUUAAAUUCUUAGAAACAAUCUGGAACUUACAGGGUCCUGAUAUGUAGCUGCUUAGAAUAAUCAUUUGUUUUACUGGUUAUAUCUUUCUGAGGGAAACAAUGGAAAUAGACAAUCUCUCUUCGCCUUCUACAUGCUAUUUUCGAAUAAUAAAAAACAAAAAUAAACAAGCAAAUCCUGUAACACAACUCCAAUUCGAAAAAAUUGUGAUAUAGGAUUUCAAAAUAAGUCAAAUUAAAAGAUACCUUACUACCAUCACAGCAUUAACUUUGUAUCUUGUAUGCAUUUAUUAACCACAUGAAAUCCACAUUUUGAAACCGAUUUCAAAUAUUUCUUUUUCAGCAGAAAGAGCAUCAAGGAGUUUCCUCUAGCACAUACAGUGUGUACUGCUUUUUUGAAAAAUAUACCACUCGAAAAUACCUAUGAGGUGGUCUAUGACUUGAGUUUGAUUAGUUCUCGGAUCGUUCAUUUCACUUUGAAAUAUAAGGCAAAGCAGACUCCUGAAAAUGAUUUACAGAUUUUUUGGCAAAUUUUGAUGACAUUUUGCGUAAAAAGGAAUUUUUGAAAUCGAUUGUGAAAUAUGUAUCUUACAAGGGUUUUCCGGUCUUAGGUCACAAUGUAUUUAUUUAAUAUAGCAUUAGCAUUAAAUCAAAAGUUUUAAACUUGCCCUAGUGGUCAAGAUGAAUAAAUUAGAUCGAACGCUUCAAAUAAAAAUUGAAACAAACUUCCCAAAAUUAAUGAAAAUCCAAACGAAUUCGUUUGCCUGAAGUUCAUUCAUCAGGAACAAUAUCCUAGAGAAGCGAUGUAAAAUGAAAAUGACUAUUUUUCUUUCAGAGUUCAAAUCAUGUUUUCCAUCAAGAUCCAUUUAUUUAGAUAUCUGUGAUAUUUUUAGUCUCAUUAGAAUAGUUGAUUUUAAAGAAUUGUCUAUAUUGUUGAUUGAAAAUUAAUAUUUGUUGAAUGUCAUUGGAUAUGCUAAGAGCUGUUCUGGAUUUCAACGAAUCUUAAUGUUUCAAGCUAUUUCGGUUGUUGAAAAAUUCAGUUAUUUCUUCUACCUGUGCCUUUUUCUGUCUUGAUAGCAGAACAUCUUGAUUUCUACUGUCAUAGCAUAUAAGAAAAAAUGUACAACUUAUAUCUGAUAUUACAAUAAAACUGAUAUUAGAGAGAUGUUUC